UUCAAUUCGCAUUCUGUUUUCGUCUGUUUUUUGUAAUAUUUGUGUAUUAUUGAAUUCAAUUUGUUUAUUCUGCGUUUUUGGUGAAAUUAUGACCGGAAAUAAUUAUUCGAUUGUGCAGACAAUCGAAAACGAUGAUAUUCUGCUGUCUGUGCUACCUUCGCUCUGGGUCAAGAAAAACGGAUGGAAAACGGAGGCGAUGGGAAGAGGCUACGAUUUAUGUUAUUGGCCACAAGGUGUUUCUGGUUACCGGCUCUUGGAGAAGGCAAAAAAGGAUCCAAAAAUACCGGUAGACACUAAAGUGCUAAGCGCCUACCGUUGCAAAAUCAAGCGGAAUAACUUUGCUAGUUUCAAUGAGGCUGUUCGUGAGAGGAAACGGAUGGAAAGUUACUCCGACACAGAUGAAUCGGAACCACGUAAAAAGAUAGGGAAAUCUACAGCUGCGGAGCUCUUUAAGAAAAUCGAAUCUCAACCAGGCCCUUCCUCAGCACAAUCAUCAAAUUUCGGAGACCGUCAAGAAGACAAUGAGAAAGAAGUUUCUGCUGACGAGUCAUAUCUGAACAUUUUUCCGAAACGCGAAGUUUACGCUGAGCCAUUGAAGGAAAUUUCAACGUCAUCACAUUCACAGCAGGGUGGAGCAACUUUUCAUGGCACCGAUUCGACAAUAAAUGAACCUAAUUUGCAUCAGCUUGUGUUAUCGUUGCACAAUAAAACAGACGAAAAUGCCAAGCAGAUUGAGGGCAUCAAGCAAAGUCAAAACAGGUACGCAGCAUUGCUUUCACAAAUGAACGCCAAACUUGAUAUAAUUGCCACCCAAAAAACGCGACAAGAAGUACCUGUUCAACCGGAAAGUUUCGAUACAAAAGCCAAUCCUUUGACCCCUAUUAAAAGUUUGGCUGACAUGGAAUCUCUCGAAAAACGGUCGGAUAAUGGAAGUUUCAUACAGUCCGUCGUACAGCAUAUUGGUUCGAUUCAUGGCAAGCAACGAUUUGUUGGUGAUGGUGCAACAGUAUGCUUGCAGAUCAUCGACUAUUUUUUCGAUCGUGAAUUCCUGCUGAGUUGUUCGUGGAGUGGAAUUAGCCGCAAUAAGAAGGGAAAUGAAAACAUCAUCUCCAAGAUACCGUUUCAUAAGUAUGACGGAAUAAUCACAUUGUUCCAUAAGGUUGUGCUUUUUUCGGAUCCCUUGUUUUCCAAGGUGCAGUGCGAGCAGUUUCUUCAUCGGUGCCUGCGAAAUGCAAAACAACGCUUUGAAGAAAUAAAGGGCACUAGGGCCUCUGUAGCAAGGAAACGAUGCAAGCAGUCUGAGCGUCAUCGAGUUCAACACGUGGAAAAAGUCAACGAAGAAGUACUUGUCGAAGAACAUUUAAUGGACUCGGAGUCAUUACAACACGCAUCCCUAAAUUAUCAAACAGACCAAGCGAAGUCAACUGAUGAAGCGGGAGUCAUCGAAGAAUACAUGUUUGAUGAUGUGUGAUAUUAUGAGAUCAUUAUUCGUUAUGUUACAUAAAAAUAAAUGUAAACAAUUCCGGAAAUCGUUGAAUAUAUUUUUAAUGAAUUAGAAGAAGUAGAGUUCAUUUUUCUUUCAUAGUUGUUCGUUCUCUGGUAAUGUAUG